AUGGCCGAUCGUCCGAACCACUACAACGGCCAUAGCCUACCACCCUGCAGCACGUUGAUGCAAGGCCUCACCAAGUGCCGAGCAUCAGACUGCAAUGCCCUCUUCUCUUCAAACAAUGAACGCCUUCAACACGAACGACACUGCGAGAUCGUCGCACAUCAGUUGUUCAGCAUGGGGCGUCGACCAGCACAAUACCCAGUACAACCGCAUCGCCUCGACGUCCAGAUGGCUUCCUGCAGCAUCGAAACCGACAGUGACGAGUCGUCUUCGGUCGUCUUCACGCCAGACAACAGUCGUGCGCCUUCUAUCUGCGACCCACAGGAACGCCGGCAGUCCGGUGUCAUCCGCACGAUCCGUCGUCGUUUCGGCAGCGGCUCUUCCACACCAGAAACCGAGCGGAGACGAGGCGACGCAGCGAAACCAAAGCACAUCAAGAAGCAAGAAAAGGAAAAGCACAACCGCAACCAACUCGGCUCGGUCCUGUACCGCAUGGAAGACUUGUUCCGCGCCUACCUAGGCUGGGAGCGCCACGAACAGAGCGGGGGCAACGGCAACGGCGCCGGCCUCCACGCCAACAAAAGCACCAUCCUGCGCGGCGCCGAGGAUCUCCUCUGCUACUUCAUCCACCGCGAGCACUGCUGGGCCCUCGAGCGCGGCAACCUGGACGAAGUGCAGCAGCAGCUGAGCGACAUCCUCGACGGCGCUGUCAACGCCCAGCCGUACACCAGCACGUUCCUCGCCACCGACGACGAGCCCAUCUGUGCUCACAGUGACAGCAAGUCGAAGGAGUGCAUCGUCCAUGGCCACCCGGAUUGGCGCGAGUGUCGUCGUCUGCACGCGGAUCCUCGCUUCGCAGCGAGGCGGAAUGAGUAUCUGGCGAAUCUGGGGAGGACGAGGGUGCAGCAUGAGGGAUACCUUCGGUCGAGGGGGUCGCAGCCUUCGAGGAAUGGGACGUCUUCCUCGAGCCAGAGGAGGGCGUGA